AUGAAUGUCAUUCCAUCCGUGUCUACUGAUCUAUUGCGUCAAGUAGAAUUAGCUGUUUUAGCUUGUGUAUCCACUGAUAGUGUUUGUCAAAAGAGUGGCUAUGAAUACAUCGAACAGUUAAAAUUGAAUCCACUGUAUAGUAUCCACAUAGGAUUUGAUUUAAUCGAAUAUAGUAACGAAGGGCUCGUGAAACACUUUGGAUUGCAAUGCAUUGAAGAAUCAAUUAAAUAUAAAUGGACAUCAUUUGACUCAACACAGAAAGUUAAUAUUAAAGAACGUUUAUGGCAAUUAAUGCUUCGUCUCGAACAACCACCUCAACAUUUGAAAGCUGCUCUUGUUCGAUGUGUAUGUGAGAUAGCCAAACGUGAAUGGCCUCAACAGUGGCCGUCAUUAUUAAAUGAACUCCAACAAUUAUCAUCUAAACCUGAGUAUGUUCUUCUGAUAUUAGCUUAUCUCGUUGAAGAUGUUAUCGUUCUACAAACAUUGACAUCACAACGAAAACGUGAUAUACAAACAACAUUAUUAGAACAAUCGGUUAAUUUAAUUGAAUUUUUUAAUAAUUUCAUUCCACCAUCUUCUGUUCUAUAUUCAUCGGAAUUGAUUCAGAAUGCAUUAUAUGCAUUGACGAUGUUUGCCACAUUUGUUCCUGUUGAAAAAUUUUUUACGUCAUCAAAUAUUGUGCAAAAAGUAACAAAUCUACUAUCCGACAGUUCUUAUCGUAUGAAAGCAGCUGAAUAUCUUAGUGUAUUGGCAAAUCGUCGAGGAAAACAGGAUGAACGUCAACCAUUACUACAUUUAUUCACAUAUCUACUACAAAAUGGCACAACAUUCAAUGAUAUAUUAAAAUUAAAAAUACCAAUAUCUACAGAUAACUAUGACUAUAUGAAACAGUAUACAGUUGUUAUUGGUGCUUUAUGUGAACAGUUAUGUUAUGUCUGUGGAAACAAUACUGAUAAAACAACAAUUCCUCUUCCAACAGAAUUUACAAAUGGAUCAUUUCUCAAUGUUGUACUGUCGAUAAUACAACAUCCCAGUUUAUAUGUUUCUUCUUAUGGUUAUCAGAUGUGGUUACAAUUGAUCAAAUCAACGAUAUUUAAUAAUGAUAAAUCAAAAUUAUUAGAAUCUAUUAUGCCUAUUCUUCUACGUUCAAUAUGUCAUUCAUUAGUCAGAUGUCCACUGAAUGAUGAACAAAAGCAAAUGAACGGUGAUAAUGGUGCACCAGUUGAUUCUGAUAGUGCAUCACUUGAACGCACUACUCGUAUUCAUUAUCUACAUCAUGAUUUUGAAGAUGAAGCUGAUUAUCAAAAGUUUUUUGCCAAAUAUCGUACAUUACUAAUACGUUCUGUUAAUAGUAUUUGCUGUUUGAAUGAUUAUUUAUCAGUUACUAUUCGCAUUGGCUUUGAUUAUAUUGACUAUUGCUUAAAAACGGCGACAAAUGAUAUACCAUCAUUUGAAGCUUUAACAUUGUAUUGGCAAAUAUUAGAAAAACACUUACGUUCAUUGAUCAUUAUUGAAAAAGAGAAUAGUCCAGUUCAAUUCAAUACAAAUCCAAAACUAUUAUCGAAUGAAGAUGAACAUGUAUUUUGUGAACGUGGACAAAAUUUAAUCAGACAACUGUUAACAGUAAAUGAUAACAAUAGUAAUAUUGAAAUAUAUUCCUAUUCAUUACGUUUGAUAACAUGUUUAUAUCCAUUCACAUGUGGUGAAAAACAGUUUACACAGCAUAUUCUGGAACAUUUAUUUCGUUCAAUAACAACUGAACGUCAAACAUUAAAAAUAACUCCAAAUCCAGUACAAAAACAAUCCGGUUGUUUUAUUGAUUUAUGUUUGAACUAUGGACAUUAUAUAUUUUGCUAUUUUAAUGAUUUAUUUAAGGUAACAAAUGAGCUGGUGCAACAAGCAAAUCAAAAUCAACAAUUACGUUUAUCAGGCUGGCAAUGGAGUACGCUAGUUGAAUGUCUAACAAUAUUAUUAAAUCAUUUUAAUAAUUAUCAACAACAGUCGAUCCUAAUUUCACAAUUAGUUCAACCCUUUACUGAAUUUUUAUCAGCGUUUAAUAAUACUGUUCAUGAUGUGCAAGCAUUUGUCAAUUAUAUUGGAUUUGAUAGUAUGAGGAUAGCAGCAGUUUCAAAUACUCAACGUUUUUUAUUUCUGAGUGUUCAUAUUUUGUGUGCUAUACUACGUCGAAUUCAACUACCCAAUGAAAAAUCGAACGUUGGCUAUCAAAUAACUAUAAAAGACGAAUUAUUUACGUUAAAUCCUGCCUCUCCAUGCUACAUUCGUUUAGUUCCAAUUUUAUUUAAAUUCUUAGUUUUAUGUCAUUCGUUACACGCUCAAAAUUCACCAUUAAAUCAAUCAAAAUUAAUAUUUUUAACAACAAUGACGGAUGCUGAAAAAGCGGUCUAUCUAAAACAAGAUGCACUCGAUUUGGAUGAUGAUGUAUCAUCGACAACAACAAUGUUAACUACGACGCCUAAAUUACAAGCAGAAGAUCGACGUUUACAUAAUCGUUUUUCAUCAUUUAUGGAUCGUUGUCAAAUACUGGUCGGAUGUUGUUUUAGUUUAAAACCAGAACUGUAUGAAUUAGAGAACGCAAACCUGUUAAUUAUGAAUACAUUGUUUUCAUACAUGGAUAUAUUGCCAGAUUUUCGUUUAAGAAAUUUGAUCAGAAGCUGUUUUUUACCUUUAGUAAGACAAUGUCCAAAAAUACAUAUGACAACUAUUCUUAUGCCAGUAUUAGAAACGUUGUGUCCAUUUAUGCGCCAAAUAUUAACAGAAAAAUGGAAAUUAAUAAUGAAUAGACAAAGUGGAUCUUCCCUGGGAGAGGAUAAUACCACUCAUGAUAAUGGAGAUCAGACGCAAGCAACUCAAAACAAAUGUGAAGAAGAAGUCAUCGAAGAACAAGUCAUCUGUUUUCUUACCCGUGAUUAUAUUGAUAUUUUAAAAACAUUUUUAUCACGUAAUAGUGUUUCAAAUAAUAUUGCCGUUCAAUCUGUCGAUGAAAUAUCGGACGAAAUGAUUGGUGAUAAUGGCGAUGGUUCUAAUCUUGAAUCUCAGUCAAUGUUACAAACACAAACAACGAAUCAUCGUAUUUCCGUUAAAUUUUCUAUCAGUGAAUUUGGUUUAGAUAUUCUUCAACAUUCGCCUGAUGUUUGUCAAUCAUGUUUGUUAAUUUUAUUUGACGGUCUUUCGUGGCCUGAUACAUCUUCUGUAAAUCGAAUGUUAUCAAUGUGUCAUACUCUAAUUCAACAUUUACCAAAAUUAAUUGGAGAUAAUAGUGAUGGAUUUUUACGAGAUUUAUUCAUACGUGUAUUAUCUUCAUUAAAAACACAUGGAGAUAAUGAGCCAAUUGCUUGUUCAAUUCUAACUUUAGCCAUAUUAAUGUAUGAAACAUUAUAUCAACAAAAAUUAUCGACAACACUCUACGACAAUGUCUUAUUAGAAAUUCCUACAAUAAAAAUUGAACAAGUGAAUGGAUAUCGUGAUAAAAUGAUUGUGAAUUUAAGUCAGAUGAAUAAACAAAUAAAAACGUUGAACGAAAAACAAAAACGAGACAUGUUAAAACAUAUUGUGCAACCGAUUAUGGGAAAAAAUGUUGGACAAAUGUUUAAAAAAGAACCAUUGGCAUUAACAAAUUUACCACAACUAUUAAGAUUUUCAAAACGUUGUGCACCAAUAGUAAAUCAAACAAAAUUAAACGAAGAAGAUCAUGGUCUUUUGCAAUUAUUCAGCAAUCCAUAA